UAGGCCGUGCGCACUUCAUGCCCAAACAAAUCAUCAAACAACAAUUUUCUUUUGCCAAAUGUAACACAUAAACGACUUUGUUCCAAAUACACAUGUUGUUUUCACUUAGAAUAUAUGUACAUAAACAUUUCUGCGGAGUAGUUUUAGGCAUUGCGUACGAACAGUGACGAUAAUUGACAAUUUUAUGUGGAGUUCUCGAUCCGCCAUGUUUGCGUCCUCUAUUUCAUUGAACUCCGGAUGAUGUUCACUUAUAUUCUUCUUUUGGCGAACGACAACAAAUAAUACGGAUACUUUUGUAUAUUAUGGCUUAUAUUUUAACCGAUGUUAAUCCAUGGAGGUCGAGGUGUUAGUUUACACGAAGGACGGCUUCAAGAGAGUCAAGAAGAGGCUGAACAAGGUGCCCGAAGCGGACGAGAAAGAAGAGGCCAACGGGAGGGGAAGUGGAGACAGCGAGGAGGAGAAAGAAAUAGAGAGAGCUGAAGAACAGAGUGAAGACGAUAACAAGAUGGUGGUUGAUCCACAAGAAGUUUUGAAGAGUCUGGACGAGCUUCUUUCCCCAACAGGAGCGAUGAAAGGUCCGGAGGAGGUUGUCAAAAUUGCCGGGAUGAUGAAGGAAGCCAGUAAGCUGGUUAACAAGUGUGUCUUCAUCAACAUCCUCAAAGUGGAGACCAGCAAAGACAACCUGGAAAAGUUGAUAUCGGGCGGAGGCUGGGAGACCCUAAAUGAAUGGUUGCAACAGGCGAAAGAGGAUGAGAACAAUCCCUUCAUCAUCGAAUUACUUAAGGUGUACAGACAGCUGCCCGUCACAGUGGACUUACUAAAGACCAACAAGGCCGCUAAGACCAUCAAGCAUCUGUGUAAAACAGAACAUGCUGAUAUACAGACCGUGGCUAAGGCAAUCUUUGAAGAGUGGAUGAAACUGGUGCAACCAGCAAGUAGUGAAAAACCCAAGAAGAAGAGAGACAAGGAUCGUGAAACAGACAAGGAAAAAGACCGCGAACGUGAAAAGGACAAAAGUAGCAGUAGCAGCAGUAGUAAAUCCAAAGAUAGUAAGAGCAGUAAGGACUCUAAACACCGAUCUGAGUCAGGGCAUCGUGAGAGUAGGGACAGUAAAGAUGGUAAAGACGAGAAGAAUCGGGAUAGAAAAGACAGAGAUCGGAAAGAUCGCGAUAAAGAUAAAGAGAGGGAGAAAGACGGGGCGAAGGAGAGGAGUAAGAAGAUCGAAGAGGAAAAUAUGGAUAGUAGUUCUAACGACAGUGUACAGGGUGGUGAUGAAGUUACUGUUCGGAAGGGUUCAGGGCUGAAACUGCAUAUAAAACUGAAUGGGGAAAAGACCGAGGGGAAAGAUGGUGAAAUCAAGAAACGACCCGCAACAGUUAAACGGCCUCCGAGUAAAUUUAGAUCUACAGGUCUUGUAGAUGAAGAAACAACCCCGCCUCCUGCUAAACUGCCAAAAAAUGCUGACCUUAGUAAACCUAUACCAAAACGUACUGGGUCUGACAUUAAGUCUGAUCUCCCCAGCAAGCGAUCUCGGUUACAAAUGCCCCCGCCACUGACAGUUCCAUCAACAACAUCCACAACCACAGCCUCAAACUCGCCUACAUCUCCUGGAGAAAUGCAUGGAAAAAUCAAGAUUAAUCCUGCCAGAUCUAAAUCAAACUAUGAGAUUCACGAGAGCACUGGUUUCAUGGAGAGCCUCGAUACCAAGUCUGCAGUGAGACCAGUGAAGAAGAAGCGACGUAGUUCUGGGGCUACCCCACCCACUAGUAGCUCCGGCAAGGCGCCAAACGCUCCACCUAGUCCAGUCUCACCCAACACUGCAAUUGCAAAGUCACUACCAUCCGUUCCAUCUUUUUACAAAGACACUCAACAGGAGGCCGAGCCGUCACCUGAAGAAGAGAAAAAGGAGGAAAGUAUAGAGGACAGCCCCUCCCCCACAGGCCAGGUGACCGAGAAAGCAGAGAAAGCCAUUGAAGGGGAGAAUAAUGAUGGAAAUGGUGAGAAGGAGCGAAGUGCCUCGCCCACAGAGAGUCAGAAAGGCCUCCUGACCACAGGGGCUACCAAGGUGAAGAAGAACAAGAAGAAAGUCUCCUGGAAACCUGAACACGAGAUAAAGGAGGUGUUCUUAUUUGAGUUGGAUGAAGACGAGAGGGUGAAUGUGAACAGAGCUAAGGACUUCAACUCGGCCAAGAAAGCAGAAAUGAUCCAGGACAGAAGGGCUGUUGAAUCAGUCAGGAGAAUGGCAAAUGACCACAUGAUUGAGCAGAUUACUUGGUACCGUGCUCCUGUGGUUCUUGGUCGCAAGGAGCUCGAGUAUGGCAAAGAGAGCAAGGAACGAUCCGUUCAGCGCCAGAGGGAGGCAGGGGUGUUACAAGCCCUGUUCUUCUCCCGAAACAUGUUGCCUGACACCCCCAAAGAGCCAGAAAUGGAACAACCCGAAGAGCAUGAAGAGCCCAAGGUCAUUCCAUUAGAAGAUGUAUCGGGAGGUGAGCAGCUGUUAUACAACUAUGAGACCAACCCUAAACCAGUCGUUGGCUCCAAAAAGUCCUCAAACUCUUCUCAACCACAGAAACAAGCACCACCACUACUCCCAAAUCCAGAAGGACAAGGGGGGCCGGGAAUGCCACCAGAUAUGCCCCCCAACAGCAGUGCAGGAUUCAUGCCCCCUAAUAUGGCCCUGCCCAGUAUGGGGCCAAGCAUGCCUGGGGGUCAACCAGGUGGUCCAAUGGGACCCAUGGGACCAGGCCCUAUUCAGGACAAUCAGCAGGCAAUGCAAGGGGGUAUCCCAGGUGGUCCUCCACCCCCUAAUGGGCCUGGAGGGUUCAAUGUCCCAGCCAAUUUGAACCUACCCCCUGACCUGUCAGCUAUAUUGUCUCAAAUACAGAGCCAGCCGUCCGGUCCGGGCACAGAUCCUGUCAUGGCCCAGGUGCAACAGAUCCUCAACAACAUUAUGUGUGGUGGAUCUGAACAGAGUUAUGAGCAGCUGCAACAAAUCCAGCAGAUCAUGAGCCAACAGAUGGGCAUACCACCGGAGAUGUUGAUGCAGAUGUUACCCCCGGGCAUGCCCCCACCAAUGGGAAUGCCCCCACCAGGCCCAAUGGGGAUGAGGGGCCCGCCUCCGAUGAUGGGAAAUGGGCCACCUGGAUUCAUGGGGCCCAGGCAGAUGGGACCAGGACCCCCAAACAGAUUCGGACCAGGUCCCCAAGGUAGCUGGGGAGGCCCUAACAUGGGUGGAGGGAACUUUGGAAACCCCAACCAGGGUCCAGGUAAUUUCCGUAUGCGGGGCAGCUGGCAGCCAGGGCUUCGAGGUGGGAAGAGAGGAGGCGGACCCAACCCUAACAGGCGGGAUGACCGAUACCGAAAAAAAGCAUGUGUUCACUUCCAAAAGAAUGGUUACUGCAGAAUGGGCGAUGACUGCGACUUUCUUCACCCAGGUGUACAUAAACAACCAAAUAAUGAUUCCAUAGACACCUGACCUUCUGUAGCCUGACACUGUAUGGUUGGCUGUAACCAUAACUUUCCUGUAAGGCAAAGGGUUUUGCUCAGAAGGUUUAGAUUGACGGGAAGGUGGCAUUAACUGCUCAGAAAAGGACCAUGAAGCAGUCAAUAUGGUGCUUAAGUUCUGAGAAUAAUCCUAGAAAGGCAUACUAAUGGAACAGUUUGUUUCUGUGAGAGAGGAAAGGACGCAAUUUCUGUCAAGACUGAGCAUGUGGAAAGAUUAGCUGCUGAGAAUGUCAAAGAAGCAUAUGAAGUUGGAUUUAAAAUGAAAAGUGUUCAUAACGAUAAAACUGUGAUAUUACAUUGAAACUAUGGCAGCAAAGAGUGCUAGACAUUCUGACCAGAAGUGGGUAACACUGUGGAAAAUGGACCAACUUGUGUGGCCUUACAGUAUCAUGUUGUGAACGAUUCUAGAUGUUCAGUGAGAAAAGAAGUGGUUACUUCUGACCAAUGAGAAGAAGACAAACUUGACAGUAUUUACUGAUACAUGUGUGUACAAAUGCGCUAAUGACAGUUAUAUAACUGCAAUGAAUGGCGUUGUCAAAACAAUAUCCCGCUAUGUCUUUAUACCGUGUUCAAUCAGUAUUGCAAUUUUCUGAAUGAAUGAACGAUUCAAUGCUAUGUGGACUGUUAAUUCUGUAUAACACUGCAACGUUCACUACUGACCGUAAUUGAAAUGCUUGAAUGAAAACACUUUACAUUAUAGUAUUGAGAUGCUUUGGAGUUUACAAUAAUGAAUUUGGAUUAUUUAAAUCCUGUGUUCAAAAUGUAAAAUUGACAUACAAGUUUUGAAUACAAAUUAAACUUUUUUUUGUUACUAGCUUUAAGUUUAAAUCUUGUUUUUAACAGUCAGACCGGGAAAUAAUGAACUUUAUACUUGCUAUUUCUUUAUUAUAGCUUGCAAAUUCAAAUUGUAUAUAUUAUUUCAUUGUAUAAAUGUUAUGAGAAUUUAACUUUGCUCAAACAGUGUUUAAACGACUAUUGUUUUGUUUAUACCAUGCCUUGAUCAGAAAUGGUUCAAAGGUAUAGUGUUGAAAAUGAGAAUGUACAUUAAUAUAUAUAUACAACAUGAUCAUGUGUGACCAUGAUGUAUUACAUGGUCAUAUAUUGCUUGAAUGACCAGAAAAAAAGUGUUUUCGAAUGAUGUACACAUCUUUGUAUGUUAUGAUUUUAUACUUUUGAAUUGAAACUAAAUUAUAAAAAAAGAUAUUGAAGAAAAAGUACAAAAUGUU